UUUCAACUCGUUUGUCAGCGCAAGCGCAAUAUAGGCAGCCAUUAUAGUUUUAGAAGAAUUAACCAAUGAAAGAUCGCCUUUCGGCGUAGCACGGCUUUAUCGUUUAAUUUUGUCAUCACUCAUCCGAGAGUAGGGAUAUAGGGUGGACGCAGUAUAUUGUUGCAGUUUUUCUGCAGUCGCACGCGCAGUCAUAUCCUUGAAUCCACUUUUACAAUUAGCUUCAUAAUGGAAGAUCAUUUUUCGGAAACGUUCGCGCUGUGGGGAAGCCAGGCCACAUCCUGGUCCAAUGUCCAGUCCCAGCUGCAGGGCUCUGACCUCAGUGGAAGGCCCAAGUCUUCUAGCUUGAAUGGGUUGGGGUCCAUGGGGUCCAUCGACGCGGUGAGGGAGGAGUUCCGGAACAACGGGAUCGACUCCCCGUACGACCCUGAGGAGGAGCAACACUUGUACUCGUCAUUUGUGCAGAACACGGGACUAGCGGGCAUGGGUCAGCCGGCCGUGUACCUGCGCCAGAAGUCAUGGCCGGCUCCAGACGCGACCCCCGCGAUGCCCAUACCGCGUCCGAGCGGCCCCAGGAGGCAGAGCAUGGAGGAGAUGACGGCUCCAAGCGUUCCAGCUAACGGCGAGGGCUUACCGCAGCAUUGGACGCAUUACGACAUGAGUCUGCUGAACUCGAUCCCGAGGGAGGUCAUCCACUUCUUGCUGGACGCAGUCGUGCAAAAAAAGCGUUCGAAGUAUGAGGUGAUGGAGUGCCGUUUCUGUAAGAAAAACGGGGAGAAGGAGUCGUACUACCGCUCGCACCGCCUGCGCUGGCAGGGCCGCAUCACGUGCCCGGUGCUGCGCCAGUACCGCUGCCACCGCUGCGGCGCGCACGGCGAUGACGCGCAUACUUUGAAGUACUGCCCACUCGUCACUGACGAUGAACGUAUGAAAUCCAUCAACAUGAUGCGAAGCAUGCGUCAAAGCCGCCGCCGCAACUGGUCAGCGCCAUCUAGCGACGUCGCCGGCAACUACGGAGCCGUGAACCCCGUCGUGAUGAGAGAUGGUGUCGUGUACACGCCUGCAGAGCCUCUGCCUCUUGACCCGCUAUGGGAAGCUUUGAUCUCAAAAUUAUAAAAUCGAUAUUUUGCAUUUUUGACUUAUAUUUAGCAUUACUAUAUACCCUAAUCAUUGGGAAAGUUUUGUUGAUUUUUUUUUUUCAUAAAAUGUUUAUGUGCCAAAUAGUCGAUAGAUGGCGUUAUUUACUAGUUGAUUUUGUAUUUUGUUUAUUUUUAGGGGAUGUUUCACAACCACCCCGUUAAAUUGUAAAAAUAAACUUUGCCUAUCUGUUGAAUAGAUUUUACAGUUUGACCAAUUGAAAGCUGUCAAAAUGUCGUUAUUCGUCGGAUAAAGUUUAUUUGGAGGUUGUAAAACAGGCUCCUAAAUUAUUAAUCAGAGAUUAUUUUCAGUUUUUUUUAAUUAAGUUUAUAUUAUUGUGUUAGCUAUUACUUCAAUUGCUAUUAAAUCGUUGACUAUCAAUGUAAUAAUAAUUAUUUUUGAACUUGUUUGACGAUAAUUUGCCUUUGCGAAGAAAUAGCGAAGCGGUUAUACUAUUUUGCUUUGUAAUUUUUAUAAUAAGACGAAGUACUACUAACCACUAACCUAAUCAAUUUUUGAUAUUAUCAAGCGUUUUUUAUUAUUAAUGCGGUGCGGACGAUGUUGGGAUGAUGGUACACUAUUUGUAAAACUUUUAACAAAUUACAAUCCAAUCCAGUAUUUCAGUGCGCAAUUUUUCAAAUUGAUCACUGAAAUGAUGCCAUGGUAACACCUAUACUUACGCCAAUGAAAUAAUUCAUCCCAACAUACAAUAAAAUAAGUACUUAUACUUUUUCAAUAAAAUAUCAUUUUUAACUUCCCGUCAUAAU